UCAUCAGAUCAAAAAUCAUUGGCAUGCAGUGAGAACGAGCACGAACUUAUUUCGAAAGAUAUAAGAAGAAGAUUAAAAGAACCGCUCAAGUGUUCGGACAAUUGAAAAAUAUCAAAAUUGUUAAAAUGCCGGCUGUACCAGGGAGUAUGUAUGGUGUCAAUCAACAGCCAACUUGUUUUUCCAAAAUGAAAACUGGAUUUACAAUUGGUUUUUGUGUUGGAAUGGCGAGCGGUGCCUUAUUCGGUGGAUUCAGUGCAUUGAGAUACGGUUUACGGGGGCGAGAUUUGAUCAACAAUGUGGGCAAAGUUAUGAUACAAGGUGGCGGAACAUUUGGAACAUUUAUGGCUAUUGGUACCGGCAUUCGAUGUUAGAUUGUUGCAUUUUAAUUGAAAUUGGGGCAAGUGAAGCGUAGUUCAAACGUUAGCUCGUGUACACUUACUUUGUAAUUAAAAUAAAUAAUGAAAAAAAAAAACGAAA